UAGUUUCUCUGAGUUUGACGACAGCUCAGUCUGAUUCACUUGAAAAUUUCCCGGUCAGAAUCAUUAAAAAUCCCUUUAUUUUUUUGUUACAGUUUCGUUUCAUAUCACACUUCGGAGGAACAUAAUCUUAAUUUAGAAGUCACAAACAUUGGAUUCAGAUACAAUGAAAGGGUUGCACCGACGUUGAUAUCAAUGUUUUGCGGUUGAGUCACAAGUGACAAGUGCAAAUCCAAACAACAAGGUGUGGAUCAUAGAAUGGAACUUGUGGGUGCUUCUGUUCCACCACAGUCUCUAACUUUGCCACGAACAGGGUUGAGUAGUUGAGUUCAGGGGGACAGGAGAUGCAUUAUAGAUUUGUGGGCAACAUAAUUGGCAUUUCAUGAUUUGUGUUAUGUAUCUUUUUCUACUGUGAUCUAAAUCUGGUUUACUCUGAUACCCAUGGCUUUCUAGUGAAGCAGUUGGUGAAAUGGAUGAUGCUGAGUGGAAAGUAACUGAAGGAGGGGAAAAAAGACAAAGGGAGCCGAAGGAUUUUGAAAACAAGAAAGAAUUCAACCUUUUUGCCUUUCUAAGAAAAUGGAAAAUCAGCAUCACCAAAUUCAAGAAGUAGCUGGUAAACAUGACAAUUUUCUAACCAAAUCAGUGAAAACAGAGAGAAGAACUAUCCAAGAACUUUGGCAGUGGGCCUCAAAAUGAUGCCUCAAAAAACAACAAGGGAAGUCUCAAGCUCUAAUCUUUUAAAAUGUGCCAAAUGUUGCAUUUUGUCUAACUCUCAUAUGUUGUGCUUCGGAUCUUCUGGUACCAUUAGGAGUUUAGGAGAAUAUUGAACAACUGACAAUAAAAUGGUAUCAAUCUGUGGACCUUUUAAUUAUGUUAUAGUUGAGCUUAGGCUUGUGAAUAUAUGUAAUCAAAUAUUAGGUUUCAUUAUCCUGCUCUUGAUGAGUUUCAGAGGCAAGAUUCCAUUAUUUUAUCAGCUUCUCAUUAUUUUUUUAACAUGUUUAUAUUUAGUUUUCUCCUUUUAAAUAGUUGUUAUUCCCAGUUCCUUAGUUCUUUAUACUAUCAAACUAAUACUACCCAUAUUAUGCUGUCUUAUAUUAUAUAUAGCCAGAACCAGGGGAUUGAAUUGGAUGAAUCAGAAGAAACUGUUCAAUAUAAACGACAGCAUGCAGUGAUGAUAAAAUUCUAUUGUCAAAUUCUUGCUUUUGAUGUUAGUUCUAGUAGAGUCUAUAAAAAAAUGGAGUUUUGACACUGAAACUAUGCAAGGUUGUUUUUCAAUUUCCUAACCAAUCAUGAAACAUCAACUGAGUGACUGACAUUGACAUUGCUUUUACAAAAUUGUAGUUUAUAGUGUUCUCUACAAGUAAUGGUAGCUCUAUAAAACCUCAGAGCUCAAGCUUUAAAUUUAAUCUUGUUUCUGAUUGCAUACUUUUAAUUAUCAGAGGUUUGUUCUUGAAAAAGUUAAUUCAUAAUAUUGGGCGAGGGCUAAAUAAAUAGUUGGAUUGAAUUGCAGUCAAAGUUUAAGGCCACCAGUAACUUGUAUUGGUAUCUGGGUAUGGUAAUCAUCAAGUUAAGCAGUUAGGAUCAAACUGUAGAUAUCUAAUUCAGUAUGUCAAAGAGAAUUUGCACCCUGUUAACAAAUCACCUAUUACUUCUAGCUAUUUGGUUAGGGUUGAAAAUGGCUUAAAAAUAACUGAAACUUAGUAUGAGUGCUUUAGAUUCUUCAGAGAAUACUACUCUGUAAUUGUAUGGUCUUACCUGCUGAGAGACUCUUAGCAUUCCCUCACAAAAUUGGAAGUUUUCAGUUGAAGAGGUUGGAUUCCACUUCAGCACGACAUAUUUCCAAGUAAGCAUCCCGUCAAUCUAUGAGGUGAUAAGAGUUUUAGGGUUUCACAUAUGAUGAGAUCUCUGCCAAUAAUUUGAGUGAAGAUCGGUAGUGAAGUGGUGAGUCCAGAAAUAGGUGGUUGAUAUUUGGUUUUUUCAUUUUGGUGAUACUAGUCAAUGCUAAUGCUGCACAUUGUACAAGGGGCCCCCAAUCAAUUUAGUGUGUGUUUGGAGUCAAAUCCAGAACGUAGAUCAUCAUCCUCUCUCCACAUCCAAUAGAAGCAACAAAGAGUAGUUUCUCCAUCAAUUGAUGUGAUUCUUACUUGUAUGUGGAUCUCAGAUGUGCUUCCAAACAUGCCCUUAACCUAAUGUAGCAAGGUCUUGACUAAUUAUUGGAAUGGAGUGGGAUGUUAUUGGUCACAGGUACCUCAUGUUCUUGUAGCUCAAGUUCUUAAACACUGAAAAAAGGUGUUGGUAAGUGUUGGCUGGUAUUUAUGCUUGUUGUUAUGAUUAUUAGAAUAAUAGAAUCUUACAAUUCUUGAUUUGGAUCACUUGAUUCAAUACAAAUUGGUAGCCAACAAUUCAUACCAUGUGAUGAAUCGUAGAUAACUUUGAAUCUUACUAUAAAUAUCAUUGAUACGAACACAUGAUUAAGCUAUUCAUUGUUUUUUAUUUUUUACUUUUCUUUAACCAUUUCUUAUUAAAGAAAUAAAAAAAGUCUGAUAAAUUUAAUUGAAAUUGUUCAAUGAAAGAGCAUUGAAGGAGCAUUAUUGAAUGAACAUUAUUUAAUUAUUCAAAUGUUUUAUUUUCAUUCUUUUAAAACAGGGAUUUCACACUGUCACUUUUUUUGUGCAUUUAUUCCGUUUCUCUAUUUUUAGUCUUGUUAAAUAGAGGUUUCACACACUCAAUUAUGACUUAUGAUUUUGUUUCAUGAUAUUUAUGAUAAUUUUUUAAUUUAAAAUUGUUACAUUGAGCACUAUACAUCAUUUACAUGAUAUAUUUUAGCUAUUUUUAUUGUCUUUGAAUUUGACAAUUUGAAACUACCUCUGGUCCUUUUUAUUAGAAACAAGUGAUAGUGGAAAUUACACUGUUGGUUGUUUCUUAUAAAAAAGGACCAAAGAGAGUAUUAUUUAUGAUUCAGGCUUCAAAAAUUAGCUUAACAAUUCAUGACUUGAAUGGCAAUUUGAUAACUUCCGUUAUGAAUUUAAGAUCGUGCCAUAUUUGCUAAAUUCAUUUCAUUCAUUGUAUUAGCCGUCAAAGUCAAUGUGUAUUUAUUUACGUCUUUUCUUAGCAAAUGACAAAAUUUUAGGUUUUUAAACGAGGAACUGCAAAUCAACAAAUCCCGAGCCUCGUCAGGUCCGCCGCAUCUUCUCUUUUGCUUGGGUACAGGAUCUGAAUACCUGACAAGAAUCAUCAAGUUCGGUGGAUUUUGGUAGCGAUUGUUGCCGAGGAUCUAAGUACCUGACAAUAAUCAUCAAGUUCGGCAGAUUUUUGAAGCGCUCGUCAUAGGAUCUGAGACAAGAAUCAUCAAGUUUGGCGGAUUUUAAUAGAGUUCAUUACAGGCAGAUAUACUUCUCUGUAACAUACUCUCUCUAAAAUGGACUAUAUCAAGUUCCAGACAGUUGAUUUGAGCAAGUACAUUUGUCCAAUACCGGGGGUGAAAGUUUUGGUUGUAGAUGCCAACCUAACAUUUCUAGCUGCUGUAUCAAAAAUGCUUCAUAGCCUUGGAUAUGAAGUUGUGACUGCUUCACUAGCUUCUGAAGCUUUAUCAAUUGUUGAGGAGAAGAAGAACGAGCUUAACCUUGUGUUUUUGGAGGUUCACUUGCCUGACAUGGACAUAAAUGCCCUCACAGGGAAAAUAAGAGAAAUCUCUGAUGUGCCAUAUUUUCUUAUGACUGCUGAUGAUGAUCUGUUUAACUUAUUACAAGAACUGUGCAAUGGGUCUAUACCGUGUUUCAAAAAGCCAAUUAAGAUUUCUGAUCUAAGUGGCAUGUGGAAAUAUGCAAUGUGGAAAAAAGAUGGAAGAAUAGCGAGUGAAAAUAUAAGAGGCUCUGGGCGGCUUCCCGUGGAGGAAAGUAUUGUAAACAACAGUCAAGAGCGGCAUCCAUUUGUGAACACAGGACGGCUGAUACCCCAGAGUUCAAAAAGGAAAGCACAAGGACUUAAAAUAGGGGGAGAACAAAGUGAAUCAUUAGUGCCGAAAAGGAAAAGGCUUAGUUGGCGUAAUGUUUCACGUACAAAGUUCUUGGGAGCUGCUGUUGAUUUAGCAGGAAUCAAUGCUACUCCAAAUCAAAGACACCGGCUUAAGAAUGUACUAGGACCUAAAAAGGGGACCUCUACAAACUAUUCACAGAGAUCUCGUCGAUCUUCGAAGAAAACUAAUCCUAUUAAACAGCACAGCGAUUAUAAAGGACACAGGCCUCAAUUGCAUAACCAUAAGUUUUGUAUCUGUAAUUGCAUGUAUCUGCAUUCUCUGCGCACUCAAACGCCGAACCUUGCAUCGUUAUUUUCAACUACGUGGACUUUGGAGGAAGAUGCAUUGUAUCGACCGCUGGAACAGCUUGGUGUAGCAUACUACACAUCUGGCUCUGGUGAUUUCAUGAACAAUGGUAAUGGGAGUGCAGACAUCAGCCAGGUUGAAAAUGCUGCUGAUGGAAAAGUUUUCAACGAGGACGCAUGUGUCUACCAUGUGAAUGAUCUUGCUGUGCAAACUGAAAUGGAUUUUUCAACACUGCUAGCCAAUGACAUGAGCCAAGAAUUUCCCCCACUACUUCCUGUUCCUCUACUAACAUCAGAUGAGGAACAUGGCAAUUCUGGGGCUGAAGCAGCAAAGAUUGAUGAAACUUUUUAUGCUCUAAAUGGAACUCAGAAGUUUAGCGAUGAGGAUUUAAAGAUCUGGUUAUCAAGUGGACUACAAAAUGAUGCUGUUGCUUGAAGCUGUGGAAAGCUUGAAGGAAUAGAGUUUAUCUAAUAAUUUAUCUGUUUUUUAGUACUUUUGCAUUGACAAAUUUGUCUUACUAGAAAGUCAUUGUUGAUAAUUUUCGUUUAGACUGAUAAUUUUUAGCUUUUAUCCCUAAUCGAAUAGUUUGUUUGACUUAUGACUUAUAUUAAUAUAUUAUUAGUGUUUGG